CGAAGGUCAUUGGUGCGGUUGGCUUUUGCCGCGUUCGUUAGUGGGUAUUCUCUAACCUAUUCCUACUCAUAUCCCCAGGACGCAAGAUAGACAUCAAAUUACCAAAGUGUGAACGUUACAAGUAUAUUCAGUGUGCUGAUUGAUUUGUCAGCCCAAUUUCUUCUCUUAUUCUACUAACCGGGUUUCUUCACGCAUACGGCAGUUUCGGUCAUCUGAUCGAGUUGAAGAUUACAAUAAGUUGUCAUAACAUUUUACUCCUUUUUCCAAGUUACCUUCAUUCGUUUAUUUCACAAUGUCUGUCAAUAAAUCAUUUGAAGAAAAAUGUCGAAACAUCCUCCCGUAUGUAAAUGGGGCUUUCAUUGAACCAGAAAAGAAAGAAAUCAUGAAUACAACGCAAGUUGGUUCACUAGAUCUUUCUGUGUUCAGCUGUCAGUCAGCAUAUCAAGAAGCUAUCAAACUUGCAGAAAGCUUUGAAUAUGAUUCAAAGUCUUUGGAAAGCUUUUUAAAAAAGCUUGUAAACUCUCUCGAAAUUCAGAUGCCUGUUUUACUUGACUGCCUGUUUGCUUCACUUGAAUUUGAAUCUACAGAUUUCUUUAGUGAAGUGAUACGUGAAAUCCUUAAAAAGAUGAAACAGUUUAUUCAAUUUCCCUUAAUCGAUGAGCAGUGUUUUUAUUAUCCUAACCACGUAGUUGAAAAAGAUGAUUGUGAUUUUAUUUUUCACUUUACAUUCAUUCUUCGUUAUUUAUGCUAUCCUGUUUAUCGUGGAAAAUCCCAUGGUUUAAUUGUUACAUGCAAAUCACCACGACUGAUGGCACCAUUGACUAUGUUAACUCAUAUUAUUCAUGAAUCUACUCCUCCGAACAAAUUAUUUAAUUUUCUACCUAUUUUUAACAAAAACACAGAAAGUUAUUGUCACAGUAGAAACAUAACAAUGGUUUAUCAGUCAUCUGACAUUGAUUCAGCCACAAGAUAUUGUGUAUCAUCAUUACGAAAUGCUUUCGGUACUGGAAUAGGUCAUUCACCUAUCAUUUUAGUGGAAGAAUCUAUAUAUAAACGUUUUAUUAAACGUAUUGAGAAUCUUCUUAAUCUACAUACAACCAUAUCAAAAUUAGAAAAUGAUAAGAAAUCGGAAUAUCCAUCAUUUUGUAAUAAAUAUAUUCAUGAAUUAAUCACUUAUACAGAUUCUAUUGGUGCUAGGAUUCUUUGCCAUGAUCAAAAAAUACCAUAUUCUCCAAUCUUUGUACAUGAUAUUACUCCAUCCUCUGUGAAAUUCAAUAGAAACACUGGUCCAGUUGCUUAUAUUGUCUGCUUUCGUACUGUAAAAGAAAGUAUAUCUUUAUUGACCUAUUUCAUUAAUUAUCUUAAUAAUCAUAAGCUUGAUGAAGCUAAUUCAAUGAAUUAUGAAACGAUAAUUAAUCUAUGGCAAACAGAUUCAAAUAUCAUUUGGCAACUUUAUCAAAUGUUAUUACUAUCAGGUGUCGAUAAUAUUUUUAUAAAUGCUUCUAGUCGACAACUAGCUGCUACAAUGUAUACAAGAUUGUUUGAAAUAAAUGGUUUAUCAUAUUUUGUGAAUAAAUUAACAAAAAUGAACAAUAAUAUAGGGACAUUAUACAAAACUUUAAGUACAAUCAUGUCAACUGCUCGUACUGCUCAAAUCAAUUCAAUCAGUAAAGGUUAUGAAUUAAUACAAAGUGAAUUACUGAAAGGUGAACCUAUAACCAGUGUUCCAAUUGAGAAAGAAGCUUACAAAUUAUUUAUGAAUUACAGUAGAAAACUUCUAGGAGGUUCAGGGAGCCUUUUUCUCACUUCAAAAAGACAAGAUACUCUUCUUAUUCCCGUGGCUCAUAUUUGUCUGAAACCAGCUGGACCAAUUGUUCUUGUUAUAGACUGUCAACUGUUAUCUAAUUUGAAAAAUUGUACUUACAUUUUAAAGCUAGUAUUUUGUAUUUUAUUUGCAGGUAAUGCUAUUGUUUUAAUUAUGAUAAACAAUGAGUUGAAUAAUGAAAAAAAUAAAUUUUUAGAUGAUAUUAACAAAAUUCAAAAACGAUUAAGUAUGCCUUCUUUGAUAACUAUACACCAGUGUAGUAGUAGUAGUAGUAGUAGUUGUGGUCAUAUAACAGAACUUGAUUCUAUCUUACCUAAUUUAUGUGAACCUUCAACUAUUGUAAAUUUAAAUUGUGAAGAUAUACUUACGAAAGAUUUAUUAAAUGAAAUUUGUUUAUGCAAACCUGUGACUUUGUAUUGGUCAACAGGUUGUAAUGUAUUUUCUUAAUCUAUGUACAUAUCAGUACAUAUAUUUUCUGUAUUAACAAAUAUUUAUAUAUAUAUAUAUAUAUAACUCAGUCUUACAUUAUUUCUUAUAAAUGAUAUAUGAGCUUGUGUGAAUAGAUUUUGAAUAAAAC